CUGAGGCUGCGCAGAGCAGCGAGCUCCGCCGCCUGUUAUUUGUGUUUCCACUGUUGUUAGGAGCAAACGGGGAGGGAACGAGAAACUGAGAUCUUCAGUGUUUUUUUAUUUUAAAUGGAAAAAUAUUUCUUGUGACUGCUGAUAAAUCAUCCCGAGAAGAGGAAGCGGAAGAGAGGGAAGCGCUGCAGGAGAGAGAAGGAGCGACAGAGGAGAAGAGGAGGACCGGGGAUCGGAGGAAAAAAAAAAUCGGGACAAAAUAAAAUGCUUGUGAUUUGACUGGGAGGUAAAAGGAAACGCCGCCGCAUCGAUACUUAAUGCCGAUCGAUCCCGAAGUUGUCGAUACUGAGGGGAUUGAGUCUGAGAUGUCUGACCUAAGCAUGGAAGCCACCAACAUCCUCCCGAUCCUCAAGAAGAAACUGGCCUUCUUGUCAGGGGGCAAAGAUCGGCGCAGUGGUCUGAUCCUGACCAUCCCUCUGAGUUCAGAUCAGACCAGCAUGGAGGAGCUCAGCGCCACACUGGACUACCUUCUAAGCAUCCCCAGUGAGAAGUGUAAGGCUCGGGGUUUCACCGUGAUCGUGGACGGACGGAAGUCUCAGUGGACCAUCGUGAAGACCGUCGUGCUCAUGUUGCAGAAUGUGAUCCCGGCCGAGGUGUCGCUGGUCUGCGUGGUGAAGCCCGAUGAAUUCUGGGACAAGAAGGUCACACACUUCUGCUUCUGGAAGGAGAAGGAUCGGCUGGGCUUUGAGGUGAUCCUGGUUUCGGCCAAUAAGCUGACUCGUUACAUCGAGCCCUGUCAGCUGACGGACGACUUUGGGGGAAGUCUGGACUACGACCACAACGACUGGCUCAACAAGAGACUGGUUUUUGAGAAGUUCACCAAGGAGUCGACGUCACUGCUGGACGAGCUGUCGAUCAUCAAUGACAGUGACAAGGGCAGUUCGGUGGACAAGGACAAAUCAGCUGACUGCGCCCUCUUGCCGUCCUUUGACCCUGAGACUGUUCUACAGACCGGUCAUGAGCUGCUGUCGGAGCUGCAGCAGCGUCGCUUUAAUGGCUCCGAGGGAGGAGGAGGAGGAGGAGGAGGAGGAGGAGGAAAACAGGGAGGUCCGGCUUGGCGUCCCAUGGAGGAGGAGCUGCUGGCUCAGCCUCGGGUGAUGAAGCUGCUGGACUCGCUCAGGGAGCAGUACACCCGAUACCAGGAGAUCUGCAGGCAGCGGAACAAGCGCACCCAGCUGGACGAGAUCCACACCAAGGUCAUGCAGGUGGUGACCUGGUUGCAGGGUCCAGGUUCAGAGCUGCUAAAGACCCACCAGGCGAUCGGCGACUCGAUUCGAGCGGCUCAGGCCCUGCAGCAGAAACACGAGGAGAUCGAGAGCCAGCACAGUGAGUGGUUCGCGGUGUACGUGGAGUUGAACCAGCAGAUCGCCGCCUUGCUCAGUGCCGGGGAGGAGGAGGAGGUGAUGGAGCUGAAGUCGCUGCAGCAGCAGCUCAGCGACGUCUGCUACCGGCAGGCGGCGCAGCUGGAAAGCCGGCAGAACGUCCUGCAGGCGGCGCAGGGCUUUCACAACACCACGCAGGAGUUGUCCCAGCAGCUGGACGGUCUGCUGGGCAUGCUCUGUGCCGACGUGGCUCCGUCCGACGGAGCUUCCAUUCAACAAAACCUCAAACUGCUGGAGGAGAAGCUGCAGUCCGUCGAGGCAGGUCUGGGUUCGCUGCGUCAGAAGGGCUCGUUGUUGAUGGAGCAGAUGUGCAGCCAGCCGGCGUGGUCUCCGGAGGAAAGCGAGAGUCCGGCCGGAGAACAGCAGGACAACGUUCAGCACAUACAGGCCGUGAUGGAGGAGAUGCAGCUCCGCAAACAGAGGUGUGAGGACAUGGUGGACGUGAGGAGGCUGAAGAUGCUGCAGAUGGUCCAACUGUUCAAAUGUGAAGAAGAUGCUUUACAGUCAGUGGAGUGGCUUGGCGAGCUUUUGGACGCCCUGUUGAAGACUCACGUCCGACUGGGCGACGACUCUCAAGAGACCAGGACCAUGUUGGACAAACACAGGAAGUUUGUGGACGUCGCUCAGAGCACCUACGACUACGGCCGGCAGCUGCUGCAGGCGACCGUCGUCCUCUGUCAGUCCCUGCGCUGCACGACGCGCUCGUCCGGAGACACCCUGCCGAGACUCAACCGCAUCUGGAAGCAGUUCAGCGUCAGCGCCGAAGAGAGACAACAGAGGCUGGAGCUCGCGCUGAACUUCCACACCAACGCCGAGAGGGUGCUACAGCAGGAAUGUGUCGACGCCGAGUUUCUGGAUGAAGUCGACUCUUCUGGGAAAACGCUGCUGGACAGACUGACCAUUCCUGUCAUCUUCCCCGAUGGGAGCGAGCAGUACUUUGGGAGUCCCAGCGAAACGGCAGCGGCGGCGGAGGGCGUCAGAGAGCGCCUCCUGCUGGUGGAGGAGCGGCGGCUGCAGCUGCAGGAGGCGAGGCUUCACAGCGAGGACGAGGUGGAGGUGCUGAACGGGCAGGAGUCUCGGCUAGACGUGAUCGGAGAGGAAAUGAGCGAGAAAGAAGAAGAGGAGGAGGAGGAGGAGGAGGUGGAGCAGGAUGUGGAGGAAGAGGUGGGGCAACAGGAUGAGGAAUUAGAAAGGGCGACGCAGGAUUGCUAAUGGAUGACGUUCAACCCGAGCAGCCUUAACGAAGAUUGUCAAUGAAGGGCUGCUCAUUCGUGUCCAGCGUUUCCCGAGCCAAGAAAGCCCUCGACCGGUUGCUUCUGUUUCGCUGCAGCUGUAGGUUUACACUUACUGCUGCCAUUCAUCUGCAUCCGAAUCCCUUAUCCAUCAGCCUCAAUGCUAACCCUUCCUUCAAGAGGAUAAACAUGUUCGUUGGAUGUGAUUUCUCCAUCGUGCUUUCACUCCUGUAAAAGCUUCAGCACUGUCUGCGCUGGAAGACCAGCGCCCUCUAACACGGUUCUGCUGUUCCUUCGAAAUGGAACCUUCUGGAUCACAAAACUGUAAAAUACUGGAAUUAUUUCCUGGAAAAAUGAAAACCCAUGUUCCCUGACGCUUUGUCGAUGAUGACCGACUGUAAAAUAACCUCUUUUUUUUUUUCUUGGAUAAGAAUACUCGUCCUUCCCAGCAUGCCUCUCGUUCACCCAAGUGGGUGGAGCUUCCAUGGUUCUAACAUGGUUUCUGUCUGUGCCUCCUUAUCUCUUUUCUUGCUUCGUCGCUCCCCCCCUCCUUUUAUUCGCCUCUUCUUUCAAAAGAUGAACUCUGCAGCGACCUGAUCCUGAUUCCGAAUCAACCGUCCUGAAUGUUUCACCUACAGAACUCUUUUUUUUUUUUUUAAGUUUUAAGACUGUUUCCAUUGCAACUUGUGCAGAGGAGUCAACUGCAAGGUUCAAAGAGCAAAAACUCAACAACAACAACCAAUCAGCUAUAAGUAAAACUGUCACUUCCCCCCCAAAUUUGAAGUAUUCUCUUUUGAGUUAAACUGAAAUAAAAAAACUAAAAGUGCUAUUCCCAAAAGACCAGACUGUCCAAAAGAGUCUCAGUGAAGAUUAGUGCUGUGGAGCUCAGUGCCACAACACAGUCAAACAAAUGUAGUGCCAUCUGUCACAGAUGGGGGUCAAGCAGUGCCUUACAGCGUCAGACCCCUCGCCGCUACAAGAGGUGGUGCGAUCCAAAAAAGUGACAUAAUCCACGACUUUCCAUUCUCAAAGAUUGUACCGAUCAAAUAACUUAGCCGACAUCGUCACUUGGUACCAAGAAAUUCACACCCACUGGUGAACCAUCAGUGAAAUUAACUUUUGUCGUUUUAGGUUAGUGUGCUCACAAUUUAAUAAUUUCAAAUGUCAAUUAAGCAAAACCUAUAAACUUCGGGUCCUGCGUCGCGUGCCUUCAAACCACUGCUACGGUUUUCUUGGAUUUUAUACGAUGUUAUUUUGAUCUUGGAUCAAUGUAUGUGGCUAUAAAUCGGGGGUUUGGCUGCUAAACAUAACAUAAUCAAAUGUUAUGCAUUUUACAGGAUAAUGGACUGUUUUUUAAGUUAAAAAAAACAAACAAGUUUGAUGAUACAACCUAUAUAAUAUGAUAUAUAAGUCAAGAGGAUGAAUUAUGAAAUUCGGUGCACAGAUCCCUCCUGAGCUCUGUAUUAUGGCAAAUCCUAAUUUGACCAAAUGAAUACACAUGCGGAAACAAAAUAAUGCAAUUUAAUGUCAGUUCCACUUUAUGCCCGUUUCUCGUUGAAACGGUCUCUGGGAUUUGCAGUCAACAAAGUUGUGACUUCACCGUGUCCAUGCUGGCCACAUCAGACCCAGAGGCUCCGACCGCUGCGCUGCUCUAAAUAAACCCCUCUGCCUUCAUGAUGGAACUCGAACGCGUGCCGCUCGCACUGGUCCAAACUGACCACAGGGACCGAAGUGACCUCUGACUCCACCGGAGUCGAGUCCACAGACUGACUGGCUGCACUGACACUUGGUUUGUCCACAUCAGAAUAAGACAGAUUCAUUUUCUAUUUAUUUGAUGUUAUGUUUUUUUUAAGCAGCUCCUUGUUGUAAUCUGUUGCUGUUUUUGACCAGUAACUGCUGCUUUUAAGUGUAACCGCUAACCGCUGCGUCUUGCUCUGUCCUCUCAGUCCAACGACAUCAGUAUGACCUCAUCCCCUAAAUAAAGAAGAUUUUUGAAGUUG